CGCCCUGUCUCAACUGCCUCAGGAAGUCCCUGCUUUUCCUCCCAGCUAAAAGUUUUUGUUUAGAGAAUAGAAAGUUGUGGAGGGAAAGAGGCAAACAGGGGAAGCAGAACACAGUAACAAUCCGAAAUACAUACAGUCUGAAAGACAAACACGGUCGAGAAGGUCUUAAGUAAGGAACUUCAAGAAAGCCAUAUAGUCGGAAUUGAAAAGAGACCAUCUUUACCAAAAACUCAACAGAGACACCUUUAGACUAAUCAGCCCUGCCAUGAAAUUCUGGCUGUUACUCACGCUACUUGUGUGUGUCUAUGUGAUCUACCUCCUGCUGGGGGCCUUGGUGAUUUCAGUCAUUGAGUCGCCAUAUGAGGCCAGCCUGCGAGAUGAACUGAGACAACUCAAAAGUAUCUUUCUCAAUGAGAGCCCAUGUGUUAAUGUUAGUAGCCUGGAAGCCUUCUUGGAGAAAAUAAUCAAUGCCAACAAGUAUGGGGUGUCUGUCCUGCACAAUGCUUCCAACGACAGCAAAUGGGAUAUCGCAUCUUCUCUGUUUUUUGCCAGUACUUUGGUGACCACUGUAGGUUAUGGAUACACCACUCCCUUAACAGACUCUGGCAAAGCAUUCUGCAUUUUCUAUGCACUCAUUGGUGUGCCAUUUACUAUGCUGGUGCUCAGCUCAUUUGUCCAGCGCCUGAUGGUCUUGUUUACCCACAAGCCAAUACACUACUUGCAGGUGCACAGAGGUUUGGACCGAAAGAUGGUCACUCAGUAUCACUUCUUUCUCCUGUUACUUAUAGUUUUGGUUUUCUUCCUCAUCAUUCCAUCUGCAAUUUUUAACACCAUAGAAACUACAUGGAGUUUCCUGGAUGCUUUUUACUUCUGUUUUAUUUCCCUAUGCACCAUUGGACUGGGGGAUUAUGUCCCAGGAGAGCAGAAUGACCAGUUGCUCCGGAAGCUCUACAAGGUGUCUGUGGCCUUCUACCUGUUUGUUGGCCUCAUGGCCAUGCUGCUGAUUGUCCAGACAUUCCACAAAGCUUCUGAUCUUCAUGGACUCACUGACAUCUUUUACCUUCCUCGUUUGCAAGAUCAAGAUGACCAAGAACCCAUCCUGGAAACCACUGACUACUCAACGAAAGACUUGGAACCAAAAAGACGGCUUGCAACAGAGUCCCAACCGGACUACUCAUCUAUCAAUCGGUAACACCAGCUGGUGGCCAGAAACUUUCUAUAGUUGCCUUUUAAGAUUAAUUGGAUUGCUAACCUGUAUUAUGAAUAACUGAUGUUCAACCUCCACCCUGACUCUCUGAUGACUAAAGAAAAAUGACUUAUCUCUCUUCAGCAUGGAUAGUCUAUGGUUUAAAAUGAGACCCUGUAACCUCAUCAGCAUAACUUGAGUAAAGUAUCAAAUGGUAA